AUGAAGAAAACCGACAUUGCUCGAACAGCAAAGAAAGGUCAGCGUGUAUCUAGUAUUUAUGCGGAUACCUACAACAAUGACGACCACUGUGAUUACAAGAGACCUGUAACUGAAACGAAAAGCGACCAUCAAAAUGAUAAACCUCAAAAAGCCGAUUGGGAAGAAGACGAGUGGGUAUCACCAAGUGAUUUGUUAAUAGGCAUUUUAGAUCUGAAACCACCAUUCACAUCAAAAAUAACUAGAGGUCAGACUCACCAAGGAAUUCUUGAUAUAGGCGAUGAUGUGCUGGACAGAGAGCGCGCUAGGUUUUUGAACUACAUGACAAAUGUAAUAAAUGAAAACGACGCUGCUUGGAACUACAUCUUAGAACAUGAAAAAGCUGCAGUCGCCAAAAAAGUCAAGGCAAUUUACCAUGAUAUCUUAACAAACAAAACUAAGAUUUUGAUGAAAGAAAUUAAUAUAUUUUAUGAAAAGAGUCUGCAAGAAUUAGAAGACCAUUUACGAUCCGAAGUGCAAACUGUAUUAGUUACUGCUCACGCUAAUAUUAUAAGCGAUCUUAAUUUCGAAAUAACAGAGAAUUUAAAACGUGAAAAGGCUAUUCUAGAAGAUGUUUUACAGAAAAGAUAUGACAGUGAAAUAAAGAAAAUAAAUCACUAUUAUAAACUUUUGUUAGACAAUGAAAUUUACAGAAAUAAUAAACUCAUUAAUCAUGCUAUUCAUGAAAGAAACGAUGCGUUGCAGGCUUUCUAUAGACAAAUUGAAGCACAAAAUAUUACCAGUACCAUGUACGUUAUGUGUACAGAGAGGAAGAAAUGUAGAAUUAGGAAAUUCAUUCUAGAGAACAUUCAAAGUACUGAAAUCGCAGAAAAACUUCAAAAAAUCAAAGAACGACAAGACAUUAUAGAUGCCUUCAAAGCUAGGGAAAAACAUAUAUCAGACAUAAAUAAGGAAUGGGAAGAGAAAAUAAAAAAAAUACUGCAACUGUUUUUGAAAUUUGUCAGCUUCAGUCUAAAAUUGUUACCUGAACAGACAACGUUCUUACUUGACUUAGAGAAAAUGGUGGUAUUGCAGUUAAAUGAAAUGCAAAAAUCUCCUAUGCAGAAGGCUUCUAUUUUAAUUGACACAGAUGAUGAUAAUAUUUUAAAAUUUGAAGAACCCGAAUCAAAAGAGUCUGUAUGUGAUAAAGAACCAUUUGUGAUCCAGGGUCAGCGAUCAACAGAGGCUGUUCCACCUCAGUACGGAAGUAGAGAGACUUUAGCUUCUAAUGUCGAUCUUCCAUAUAUAAGACUUGACAGAAAAUAUGUGUAUGCCAAAUGUGGGAAAAUGGAUGAAGUUAGAGCCUUCCUUGAAUCACAAAAAUGCAAAUGUGCAGACUCACAAACUGAACCUGAAUCUUCUUCAAAAUCGAGUGAAUCUGUUAUAAUACCGCCAGAACCAACAGAACCACAGAAAGAAGUGGAAACUGAAGAAGUUUAUGAGCCUUUACUAAUGGAUAAUAUUGAGAUACUUCAAGAAUGUCCCGUAAGACGUUGCAAAGAUUGGGCUAAGAAAUACAGUUUUCCAUGGUUGGUUAAUUACUUGGAUUUUACUGAAGAGAAUUAUGAAAGGGUAAAGACCAUACUGGGUAAGCUACCAGAAAGAGAUCCACCGCCUGAUCUUAUUGAUCCUCGAGUCAUGACAACUCAAGAACUGCCUUUUGCUGCGACCAAGGAGCGCUUCCAUCACACGGGCACACAAUAUUCUAGCCAAGAGGAUCUCACUACUGACAUCAUAUGCCCGUGUUUAGGUGAAAUGCCAGAACAUCCGAAGGCGACUGAAUCUGAACCCAAGACCUCUGAGAGUAGGGAAAUCAAAGAAAUAAUUAUGAAGCGCCAAGACUCGGUCCGGAGAGUAAUAAAUCAGCAUCCUAACUUACUGAAAUUGUUCACGGAUGAAAAUUUUGAUUUUGUUUAUACAAUAAAAUAG